CCGCACCGCACCGCACCGCGCCGGGCAGAACUGUGACUUCAUCGAUACCAAACUACAAGGAGCCACACAUUUGAGCACCAAGAAUUCAAUUCUGUCCUCAGCAGAUGGGUGUCAGUAGCAUCUACUAACCAGCAGGAUGGAGACCACGCCCCUAAAUGCACAGGCGAAGCCAGCUGCAUGCAUGGAUGGAGGAGAUUGUCAGGAGAACGGAGUUCUACAGAAGGACGUCCCUGGACCAGGGGAAAAGGCGGAGAUAGGCCAGAUCUCCAAUGGCUAUUCAACAGUUCCCAGCCCCGGAGCUGGAGAUGGCAUUCAGCACUCCACUACUGCUGCCACCACUGCCUUAGUGGCUGAGGCCCAUCCAGGGGAGCGGGAGACGUGGGGCAAGAAGGUGGAUUUUCUCCUCUCGGUCAUUGGCUACGCCGUGGACCUGGGCAACGUCUGGCGCUUUCCCUACAUCUGUUACCAGAAUGGAGGGGGUGCCUUCCUCCUCCCCUACACCAUCAUGGCCAUUUUCGGAGGAAUUCCACUCUUCUACAUGGAGCUUGCACUGGGCCAGUACCAUCGAAACGGCUGCAUUUCUGUAUGGAAGAAAAUAUGCCCCAUUUUCAAAGGCAUUGGCUAUGCCAUCUGCAUCAUUGCCUUCUACAUCGCCUCCUACUACAACACCAUCAUGGCCUGGGCGCUCUACUACCUCAUCUCCUCCUUCACCGACCAGCUGCCUUGGACCAGCUGCCAGAACGCCUGGAACACAGGCAACUGCACCAACUACUUUUCAGAGAACAACGCUACCUGGACACCCCACUCAACGUCACCUGCGGAGGAAUUUUACACGCGCCACGUCCUACAAAUCCACCGGUCUAAGGGUCUCCAAGAUCUGGGAGGCAUCAGCUGGCAGCUUGCCCUCUGCAUCAUGCUGAUCUUCACAGUGAUCUACUUCAGCAUCUGGAAAGGUGUCAAAACUUCUGGCAAGGUGGUGUGGGUGACAGCCACAUUUCCUUACAUCAUCCUCUCAAUCCUGCUGUUGAGGGGUGCCACCCUCCCCGGGGCCUGGAGGGGCGUCCUCUUCUACUUGAAACCUAAUUGGCAGAAGCUUCUGGAGACAGGGGUGUGGGUGGAUGCUGCUGCUCAGAUCUUCUUCUCUCUUGGUCCUGGCUUCGGGGUUCUCUUGGCUUUUGCGAGCUACAACAAAUUCAACAAUAAUUGUUACCAAGACGCCCUGGUGACCAGUGCAGUGAACUGCCUGACAAGCUUUGUUUCUGGAUUUGUCAUUUUCACGGUGCUCGGGUACAUGGCUGAAAUGAGAAAUGAAGACGUAUCUGAAGUGGCCAAAGACGCAGGACCCAGCCUCCUCUUCAUCACGUAUGCUGAGGCCAUUGCCAACAUGCCGGCAUCCACAUUCUUUGCCAUCAUCUUUUUUCUGAUGCUGAUCACACUGGGCCUGGACAGCACAUUUGCAGGCUUAGAAGGGGUCAUCACCGCUGUGCUUGAUGAGUUCCCUCACAUCUGGUCCAAGCGUCGGGAGUGGUUUGUACUUGGUGUGGUCAUUACCUGCUUCUUUGGAUCUCUGGUCACCCUAACUUUUGGAGGGGCAUAUGUGGUGAAGCUGCUGGAAGAAUAUGCCACGGGGCCCGGGGUGCUCACCGUCGUGCUGAUAGAAGCCAUUGCUGUGUUUUGGUUCUAUGGCCUCACUCAGUUUUGCAGUGACGUGAAGGAAAUGCUGGGCUUCAGCCCUGGAUGGUUUUGGAGAAUUUGCUGGGUCGCCAUCAGCCCUCUGUUUCUCUUGUUCAUCAUUUGCAGUUUUUUGAUGAGCCCACCACAGCUACGACUUUUCCAAUAUAAUUAUCCUCACUGGAGUGUCAUCCUGGGCUACUGCAUAGGAACCUCUUCUUUCAUCUGCAUCCCCACGUAUAUUGUGUACCGGCUAAUCACCACUCCAGGGACCUUGAAGGAGCGUAUUAUUAAAAGUAUCACUCCAGAAACACCAACAGAAAUUCCCUGUGGGGACAUCCGCUUGAACACCGUUUGA